GAAGAGCAGGGAGCUUUGGGUCAGAAAGUGGGGUGGGGCUGGCCUUGACGUGCCCCCUGACUCCCAGGUCGGAGGAAUUCUGGACUACGGGGCCAGUUGCGAGGGCUCCUGCUUUGAGCCCCACCAUUCCUGAGACCUGGCUUUUCCUAGGAAGGCUUCCUAAGGACAGAUAUCCCCCCAGUUAUCCAGUGAUAUGCACGUCCUCGGUAUGUCGACUUUGCAAUUAAAGCAGAACCUUGACACAGAACUGUGUGGCCGUCUGGCUCUUCUUGCCUUCCCAGGCUCAUUUAGCAGCGGGAAGAUCAGCUCAGCUCAGAGAUGGAGCCCCCCCAAGAAAAGAUCACCUUGAACGUCGGAGGCAUCCGAUACAGAACGUACCUCAGCACCCUCCGCGCCUUCCCAGAGACCAAGCUGGGCCGCCUCACAGAGCCUCAAGCCUCCACUGAGUUCGACUACAACCCCAGCACCAGAGAGUUCUUCUUCGACAGGAGCCCCAAGCUCUUCGGGGAGGUGCUCAACUAUUACAGGACCAAGCACCUCCACUGCCCUGCAGACGUCUGCCAGUCUGUCUUCCAGGAAGAGCUGGCUUUCUGGGGGAUCGGGGCCAUGCAGCUUGCCCCCUGUUGCUGGAGCCUAAAUGCAAGAGAAGACCAGCCGGAGGGAUACAGCAUACCGGAUGUUCAUGAAGGAGGAGACAGCCAGGGCUUCUUCAGCCAGCUGGAAGGAAGGUGCCCCCACUGGUGGAUGCGGUGGCAGCCAAAUAUCUGGGCUCUCUUUGAAAAGCCCUACUCCUCCGUAGGUGCCAUGUGUGUGACCGUCACCUCCCUGCUGUUCUGCGUGGGCCUCCUCCUCCUCCUAUGUGUGGAAUCCAAGGCUUAUGUCAAGGUUAGCAUGGCUAAUGACAACCACAGCAUCGACGCCGGCGUACAUACACACAACACCUAUUCCCUGACGUCUUCAUACCAGCAGACCCCUUACUUCCUCCAUCUGGAGCUUUUCUGCAUCCUCUGGUUCAUGUUUGAAUUUUCCGUGCGGUUUCUAUUCUGCCCAGACAAAAAGAAAUUCCUGAAGAACCCUCUGAAUGUGGCCGACUUUGUCUCCUUGUUUCCGGUUUUCAUCGAGCUCUUCUCCAGCAGGCACAUCCACGGGGUCCCCACGCUCAUCUGCUGGCUGGGCUUCUUGCGUACCUGCUACAUCCUCAAACUCCUGAAGACAUUCAAGCUCAUCGAGACCCCUCUGAUGCUGAGGGUCCUGCCCUACACGCUCAAGUCCAUGCUGAGAGAGAUCUUCCUCCUGCUGCUGGUUUUUGCUGUGGAAGUCCUUGUAUUUGGUGCUGCCUGCUAUUUUGCAGAGCAAUCAGAUGGCAGCCCUGAUAUAUACAUGUUUGACAUUCUCUCUUCCUUCUGGUGGGCAGUGAUCACCUUGACCACGGUCGGCUAUGGAGACCACUACCCCAUGACCCCGUUCAGCAAGGUGAUCGGGGCCUGCACAGCAGUGUGCGGAGUGCUAACCAUCAUCAUCCCCGUCCCGAUCUUCUUUAUCAGGUUCAAGGGCUAUUACAGAGCUGCUGCCAUGAAGGAGAAGAGGAAGGAGAGGGAGAAAGCAACACGGUCAUCCUGAGAACUGCAGAGAGCCUCACGCACAAAUAUUUGCAGGGGAAGGAAACACACUUCUGAAGGACUCGCUCAACAUCACACAACCUUCCGUUUAGUGGAUGCAAGUGAGACCGUAUUUACCUGAAUCCAAGACUAGUUAGGGUUAGUCCCCCAAGAUCUUUAAUGUUAGAGAUCACGGGGUCGACCUCUUCCUUUCAGGUCAAUACAGUGUAGCCUGCAUUUUUAAGGGGGUCGCCUUAAAUUCAGAGUCAUCUUUGAUUCGGGUAGAUAUGGUACUUCUCUAUUAUGCCUCUACGUGGUUAUCUUCUACCGAACAGCGAGUCACCUGCACGCCAAGCAACCACUCACAUUUGUGCUCACACUGAGACUCCUUUCUCUCCCGCCCUGCCCGAGUGCCACGCUGCCUGCAGGCUGGCCAUUCUCCAGGCAGAGCUGUGCGGUAGAGUUACCUGAUGAAUGGCUAGGUUGCAGGCAGUGCAGGAGAGAGAGCAGCCACCGCUGCUGGGAACCAGAGGCAGCUCUGCCUUCUGCUACUGUUGAAAGGACCCCCGGCACCCGAACCAGCAACGAAUGAAUCGGGCCACAGAGCCUACCUGCCAACCUGAUCCUAUUCUCCCAGAUGGGAGAACAGAGGCAUCUGGGCAGGUCUGCCACAGGUGGCCCUUGCAAUAUGUUAACUGAGUCGCGGUCAGAGUCCUUUCUCACUGUUUUACUCACAAGAAAAAUCAAAUCGUCUCCAUGGGAUUCCGUAGGCCAGGUUUUGGUUUUGUCAGCGCGUUAGGACAGGGGUUUAAAACCUUGGCUCCCCAGACGUCACUGGACUACAUCUCCUAUCAUCCCCAGCCACAGGGAAUCCCAGCCAUUGUGAGUGGGGAUGAUGGGAGUUGUAGUCUAACAUCUGGGGGCCCCAAGCUUGAGAGCUCCUGCAUUAGUAACCAUAACUAUAAUCUUAUGGGUUGGCAGGUAGAGCUAAUUUUGCCGUAGGGCUGCCCCAGCCCCGCCUGAGAGACAGGCUUCAUCAUCAUGGUUACUCAGAGUGGGGUCUUGCAAGCCAAAAGGCCACAGAUUGACUCUCUGGCACCUGCACAUCAGGCUGGGAAAGACACCCCUCUCUCUGCAACCCAGGAGAGCAGCUGCCAGUCAGUGCAAGUUUUACUGAACUGAAUGGACCAAAGUCUGACUCCGUAUAAGGGAGCGUCAUAUAUAACCACUACGAACAGGACAAUGAUGUAUACUAGUCCCAAGAAAAUAUACUGCCGUUUAAAACAUAUCGACCUUAACACAAAACAUGCAAGGAGCCACGCUGGCCGAUUGCAGGGCAGAGAUCAAAAAGAGCGCUGUGCAACCAGACUGCUACUAAGACCAGUGCAAAAUCAUCAGUGGUGGAGCUGGCUUUCAGCUCAGAAUCAGAUUUGCUGGCUUUGAAUGAGAGAGAAGCCCUUAGGAUUUUUGCGUACAAUUCCUUUGCAGCUUGGCACCAGCAAGAGCUUUCUUUCCCCUGGCAAAGAGCAAUCGGGUGGGGCAAGCCAUCUGGGGCUCUGGACCUCCACCAGCGCCCUGGUUUGCAGUGGCCCAAUGACCCCGUUGCUGCCAUUGCUACCGUCCAGCCCAUCGACACUAAAGACGGGCUUCAUGUACUGUGUCCCUCGCUCCUAAGGAAGCAUCCUGAGAAACUCAAAAGCCAGCCCAUUGCUCACUCAGCUUGAAGCCUAUAAUACAGAUGUUGCUUCACGCAGCCUAUUCAAUUUAGAUUUUUUUUCUUCAAAUGACAGCAACAACAGGAGCACUUUUCCCCCAGCAGAGGGUGCACACUGACAGGAUAUGAGAGAUGCACUGCUCUUCCAGUAGAGUUCAGAUAUCGCUUUUGCAGGGGAGGCCAACCUGAGGCGCUCAGCUGCUGCGAAACUACAGCCCCCAUAAUGCCCUGCUGCAAUUUCAGAUGAUGGGAGUUGUAAUUCAACAACUUCAAGUUGUCUAACCCAGACCUAUUGCGUAGUUCUUCUCUUCGAUUUCCAAAACGUUAGUUCACUUCUGUUUCACAAUGUAUAAAACGGACCAUUUGUAGGAGGGCCAUUAGCUGGGAUUUCUAGACGCUUGAUCAGCUACCAAGUGAUUAGACAAUGCAUUUCAUUUAAAUAAAUUUGCAUAUUGCUAGAA